AUGCAUUCGGACAGAAUUAUUCACCGUAGCUUGCUUGAUUCAAUCAAUGGAAAUAUUGUAGUCUUGAAACCCGACUAUGUAUUUUUGAUGUGGAAAUUGCCAACAAGAAUUAUUUCACCAAAUGAUGCCUAUAAUCUUUUUAGAGAUAACUAUUUAGAAGCAACACGAUCUAUUCAAAGAGAUUUAAACGUCGACAAAGAAAUUGCCGAAGCGUGGAAAAAUGCAGAUGAUAAAGUUCGUAAAGAAUACGAAAAGUUAUGUUUUCUCAAUAAAAUCCCUCAUCCGAGUACUCUACCAUGUAUUAUUACUACUUUGAUCGAUCGUCUAGAUUUUUGUCUCAUUAAUAUACCUCGUUUAACAGCUAGAAACGUACCUCGUUUAAGAGCUAGAAACGAAUAUCACAAUUUGACAAAUAAUCAUAGAACCGGAAGGCCCUAG